AUGAAGCUCUCCGCCAACUUCGCUGUUCUCCUUGCUUCCAUUUCUGUCACUAUCGCUUCCCCAAUCUACGAUGCUACGGUUGUGAACAAGGACUCUGCUCCACUAUUGUCCUCUGCUUCGGCAGCCGACCAUGAGAUCCCCAACAACUACAUUGUUGUUUUCAAGAAGGAUGUCGGUGAUGAGGUCGUCAGUGCCCACCACAGCUGGGUGGCUGACAUCCAUGAGGCAUCUGUCGCUUCGCUCAGGAAGCGAAGUCAGGUUCCCCUCAUGGAGCACUCCAAUAAUGUUGAUGUCCUUGAUGUUGAUUCCUUGACUGGAUUGAAGCACACCUACAACAUUUCUGGCGGUCUUGCUGGAUACUCUGGUGCCUUCGACGACUCUGUUCUCGAGGAGAUCCGAAAACACCCUGCUGUCGCCUAUGUUGAGAAGGAUUCCAUGGUCUACGCUCUCGAGGAGGCCCCUGCGACAGAGCACGGCGCCCCCUGGGGUCUAGCCCGUAUUUCCCACCAGAAGGCCCUAGACUUUGGCACGUUCAACAAGUACAUCCAUCAGGCUCAUGGUGGUGAGGGUGUUGACGUUUACGUCAUUGACACCGGUACCAACGUUGACCACGUUGAUUUUGAGGGUCGUGCCCACUGGGGAAAGACCAUCCCUAACGGUGACUCUGAUCAGGAUGGUAACGGCCACGGUACUCACUGCUCUGGUACCGUCGGUGGAAAGAAGUACGGUGUUGCUAAGAAAGCCACUAUCUACGCCGUCAAAGUCCUUCGUUCUAACGGGUCUGGCACGAUGUCCGAUGUUGUAAAGGGUGUUGAAUGGGCCGCUGAGGCUCACUUGAAGAAAGUCUCGUCUUCCAAGAAGGAUAAGAACUUCAAGGGUUCCGCAGCCAACAUGUCUCUCGGUGGUGGAAAGUCCCCUGCCCUUGACCAGGCUGUCAAUGGUGCUGUUGGCCUCGGUUUGAACUUCGCUGUUGCCGCCGGAAACGACAACGCUGAUGCCUGUGACUACUCUCCUGCUGCCGCCGCAAAGGCUGUCACCGUUGGUGCUUCUACCCUUGGUGACGAGCGGGCUUACUUCUCCAACUACGGAAAGUGCGUUGACAUCUUUGCCCCUGGUUUGAACAUCCAGUCUACCUGGAUUGGAAGCAAGACUGCUGUCAACACCAUUUCUGGUACCUCAAUGGCCUCACCCCACAUUGCCGGUCUCUUGGCCUACUUCCUUUCUCUCCAGCCCAAGUCAGGCUCAGGAUACGCUGUUGAGAGCCUUUCACCAGCUGAGCUCAAGAAGAAGAUGAUCGCAAUUGCUUCUGAAGGUGUUCUCUCUGGUAUUCCCAGCGACACCCCUAACCUUCUCGCGUGGAACGGUGGUGGAUCUGGAAACCUCUCUGAGAUCUUUGAUGGUGAGAGGUAUCGCCAGGGUUCAACUUCCAAGCCCUCUAGAAUCGUUGAGGAUGUCUCAGACAUCACCAAUGAGGUUCUCUCUGGAGCUGAGGCGUUCUUAGAGGAAUUCGAGGACAAGAUGCUUGAGGAUGUCAGGUCUGCAUUUGCGAAGGCUAAGAAGGCUCUUGGCCACAACGCUUAA